CGUGAUAGAGAGAAAGAGAGAGGGGGGGGAGGAGACAAAUAGUGUGAGAGUGACAGCGUGAUAGAGAAAGAGAGAAGGAGGGAGAGAGAGAGAGAGAGGGAGCGAGAGAACGGUCGGUCCAGGUGCAGCAGAGCUGAUUGUUGCGGUGCGGUGCGGUGUGGUGCUGACCCGUCCGGUCCGGUCCGGUCCCAGGAUGUGGCUGCUGGACUGGAUCGUCUCGCUCAACUCCGCCGUGGUCAAGCUCGCCAGCGGCCUGAGGUGCAAGCCUGACCCCCAUCCUCGGGGUGCGUCCCAGCAGACGGACUCCCCCCUCCCAGAGACGGACGAGAUCCUGGGCUCAGACGACGAGGAGCAGGAGGACCCCAACGACUACUGCAAGGGUGGCUACCACCAUGUGAAGAUCGGGGACCUGUUUAACGGACGCUACCAUGUGAUCCGCAAGCUCGGCUGGGGCCACUUCUCUACUGUGUGGCUGGCCUGGGACGUCCAGGGUAAGCGGUUCGUGGCCAUGAAGGUGGUGAAGAGUGCAGAGCACUACACAGAGACGGCUCUGGAUGAGAUCAAGCUCUUGCGCGCAGUGCGGAACAGUGACCUGGGCGACCCCUGCCGAGAGAAAGUGGUGCAGCUGCUGGACGACUUCAAGAUCUCCGGCGUCAACGGCACCCAUGUGUGUAUGGUGUUUGAAGUCCUCGGCCACCACCUGCUUAAGUGGAUCAUUAAGUCCAAUUACCAGGGUCUGCCUCUAGCCUGCGUGAAGGGCAUCAUCAGACAGGUUCUGCAGGGUCUAGACUACCUGCACAAUAAGUGCAAGAUCAUCCACACGGACAUCAAGCCGGAGAACAUCCUGCUGAGUGUGAACGAGCCGUACGUGCGGCGGCUGGCUGCAGAGGCCAGCGAGUGGCAGCGCACUGGAGGACCGCCGCCGUCAGGGUCCGCAGUGAGUACAGCUCCAGCUCAGAAACAACCCCAGAAGAUGUCUAAGAACAGGAAGAAGAAGCUGAAGAAGAAGCAGAAGAAGCAGGCCGAGCUGCUGGAGCGCCGCAACAUGGAGCUGGGCGAUGGCCUGCGCCCCCUAGAGGCCGGAGACGAGGAGGACGAGGACGAGGACACGGACGCGCCCGACAGAGCGCCCUCCGCCACGCCCUCCAGCCAGCACACCUUACACACACCCAGCGGGGAGUGUGUGAGUGAGGUGUGGAACCAGCAGAACGAGUCGGAGUGUGCGAUGGACGUCACCUGCAACGGCCACGUCGGGGAGGACCUGAAAGAGAGCACCCUCGUGGCGGGGCACGCGCCCGACGUGGAGGACGACGAAGACGAGCCUCAGAACCCGUACGCCGACAACUGCAGCGUCUCCACGGAGACCAAGCCCAGCCCCGCCUACCCGGCCUGCAACGGCAGCGCUCCUGUCGCCAUGGCGAUGCCCGGCGAUGCGGUCGAGCUGCCCGGUGGCGAGCAGGCGUGCGGAGGCGCCACAGACGGUAACGGGCCUUCUGUGAUUGGGUCAGUAGAGGGGCGGGCACACAGGGCACCACAGGAAGAGGAGGAGGAGGAGGACAGGAAGCAGGAAGUAGAGGACAGGAAACAGGAAGCUCAGGCUGAGCUCCCAGAAGGCCUCUGUGGAGAGGCGGACGGCGGCGCGGCGGAACAGGAGGAGGACCCUGCUAAGGUGCCGCCCGGCUGUCUGUUGUUGAACCCUCUGGACCCCCUGAAUGCAGAUCAGAUCCAGGUGAAGAUCGCUGACCUGGGCAACGCCUGCUGGGUGCACAAGCACUUCACAGACGACAUCCAGACGCGGCAGUACCGGUGUCUGGAGGUUCUGAUCGGAUCGGGCUACAGCACACCGGCGGACAUCUGGAGCACAGCCUGCAUGGCAUUUGAGUUGGCGACUGGAGACUACCUGUUCGAGCCUCACUCAGGGGAGGACUACUCUCGAGAUGAAGAUCACAUCGCUCUGAUCAUUGAACUCCUGGGGAAGAUUCCGCGCAAACUCAUCCUGAAUGGCAAAUAUUCCAAAGAGUUCUUCAACAAGAAAGGUGAGCUGAGGCACAUCAGUAAGCUGAAGCCGUGGGGGCUGCUGUGCGUGCUGCUGGAGAAGUACGAGUGGCCGCGCGAGGAGGCCCAGAGCUUCAGCAGCUUCCUGCUGCCCAUGCUGGACCUGGUGCCCGAGAAGCGCGCCACCGCCGCAGAGUGUCUGCGCCACCCCUGGCUCGCCUCCUAGUGGCCGGAGGCCAGCACUGCACAACGCAACCACAAAACCUGCAGUCGGGACCCCCCCCACACACACACACUGGGGUGGCUGACCUGCACAUCGUAUCCAAGCACAGACAGGCACACACACAUGUGCGCGCUCACACACACACACACACACACACACACACACACACACACACACACACACACACACACACACACACACACACACACACACACACACACACACACACGUAACUGACUGCCAUAUCCGCUUUCAGUAACCAGAUGGUGACUGCACCAAACUGAGGUCCAACUAAUCAGAUUUAAUAUCUAUUUAUUUCUGAUGUUUUCUUUUAUUCUGUUUGUUUGUUUGUUUGUUUGUUUGUUUUUGUUGUUUAAUGGAGUUUACUUGACUUGCAGCUCUUAGUCUGUGGUGGCUUCUGUUCUGUUGUGUUGAGUCUGUGGCUGCGGUCUGGAGGCGCAGCUCACGCCGGAGGGACCGACGAACACGCGCGCUUUUGACCGUUCGCCGCAUCAGUGACGCUCGACAAACGCUCUCUUCUCUGUUCGCCGCGUUCCGUGACGCCCGAGACGCUCGACAAACGCGCUCUUCUCUUCUCUGUUCGCCGCGUUCCGUGACGCUCGACAAACGCGCUCUUCUCUCUCUGUUCGCUGCGUGUCCGUGACUCUCCAGAGGCUCUACAAACAAACGCGCUUCGUUAUCCGCGUCAGCGAGGCCCUUUUUUCAGCGUCGCUUCGCUCUCUUCUCUUCUGGCUUCGUUUUUUUCUCCUGGGCUCUAUGACCAGCACCUUCGGAUCUCGUCUUCAUCAUCAUCACCAUCAUCAUCAUGUUCGUUAGCAGCAGUCGUUUUUCUGGUUAUUGCGGGCAGGUUAGAUUUCUGGAGAGACUAGCUAUAAAAACACAAAUAAAUGCUUAAAAAAAACAAAA